AUGUCGUUAGCGGAGUUUGAUGAGAUCAAGUAUGACCACUCGGUGAAGAGGCUGGACUCGCCAUCGAAGUAUUUGCUGAGGAAAGCGCGCAGGAACCCCAAUGGGUUGAACGAUCUAAGGCAGUCUCUAAAGUCGUCGACCAUUUAUGUUGGUAAUCUAUCAUUCUACACUUCUGAGGAGCAGAUAUAUGAGCUGUUCAGCAAGUGUGGGUUUAUAAAGCGGAUUAUUAUGGGGCUGGACAGGUUCAAGUUCACUCCGUGUGGGUUCUGCUUCAUCAUAUAUAACACGCCGCAGGAAGCGUUGAAUGCGGUGAAGUAUCUCGGGGACACGAAGCUGGACGACAAGAGCAUAACUAUUGACUUGGAUCCCGGGUUCGAGGACGGCAGACAGUUUGGUAGAGGUAAGAGUGGUGGUCAAGUGAGUGACGAGUUGAGAUUCGAGUUUGAUGCCUCCAGAGGUGGCUACGGUGUUCCGUUUGCCGAUCGUGUAGGGACCACGUCGGGUGCCGGCAGAGGGUUCCACGGCCAGCGGUUCAACCAGCACAACGACUACGAGCGUCACCCAGUGCAAUUCCAACCGCAGAACGAAGUGCCAAGCAUGCCUCACCAGAUCACUAGCAAUUUCGGUGAAGUGCACUCCUUUGAGCCUCAGUAUCCACCACAGGAACAAGGUAUGGAAGAGGACGAAGAGGAUAACUAUGUACCGGAGUGA